AGGGGAAAUCUCAACAUGGAAAACCUCUGCACUGAAAAUGAAGAAAUGCUUGAGAACCAAGGAAAGAUGGGAAACAAAGAACAGCCACUGGAUAUGAGAAAGCCCGAAGUAGCUUGUAGUCUGGAAGACAAGGAGAAGUUAGAAAAGGAGGGACAGACAGAUCACAAGGGAAAGACAAAAGAUGAGGAAGUACUAAAGGAUAAGGAGAAGCCAGAGAGUGAGGCAAAGCCAAAAGAAGGAGGAAAAGCAGAGAGCGGGGGAAAGACAGAGAGCCAGAGAAAGCCAAAAGAAGGAGGAAAACUAGUGAGUGAGGGAAAGCCAAAAGAAGAAGAAAAGCCAUCCAGCGAACCAAGGUCUGCAGGAAAGCGCCCAGCUGGGGAUGAUGUACCCAGGAAAGCCAAGAGAAAAACCAACAAGGGGCUGGCUCAGUGCCUCAAGGAAUAUAAGGAGGCCAUACACGAUAUGCAUUUGAGCAAUGAGGAGAUGAUAAGAGAAUUUGAUGAGAUGGCUAGGGUGGAGGAUGAGGUGAAGAAAACCAGACAGAAAUUGGGGGGCUUUAUGUGGAUGCAAAAAAGCUUACAGGACCCCUUCCACCCGAGGGGCCCAAGGGAACUCAGGGGUGGUUGCAGGGCCCCACAAAGGGGCUUCGAAGACAUUCCUUUUGUGUAGUACUCUGGCCUGCAUGGGCCAGGCCCUGUGCUUUAACCUUAGGCUAAAGGUGUCACUCUUGUUACCAGCAGCC